AUGGAUCGCAUUGAGCCUGCGGAGGAGAGGACUCCUCGGGAGAACACCCCAGAGUUCCAGUCUGACCAAACAACUCCUGAAAGACCUGUGCUGUCGACUUUGCAAACCCCCGGUCGACCUCGCGCUCCAUCCACUCGUUCCCGCCGACCGAGCAUCCGUCUAUCGCGAUUACCCUCGGCUUCGUCUUUGGGGCCCGACAACAAACAAUCGCAAGCAGACCCCGGAAUUGGAUCAUCACUGCAACGCCAGGUCUCUGUGCGUUCACCAGUCGCAGAAGAAGAUGAAUCGGUGCAUGCAGGGAGACGGCGGAGCAGUUCCGAGCCCCGACGUGGUCGGUGGUCAUCGCCUCCUUCGAAUAUCCCGCCGCAGGUGGCAACACCCAUGCGCAUGAUGCCUUUGAGCGAGGAAUCCUCUCAUCAUAGCCCUUUACCGACCCCUCAGGCCUCUGGUGCUCAGGGGUCUGACUUAAAUGCUCCGACCGAACUCGAGGCGCCUGCUCCGACUUUACAACCCCCUCGUAGUAUGCUACGACGGACGAGCCAAGCUGCGCUGAAACCGUUUACACGAAAUCGCGCAUCUACCGUGACGGGUGCUCCACAGCGUACUGCAGACGAGCAACAAGAGCCGCGGAUCAACGAAUAUGGACCUCAUGUUGUUGAUGUGCUGGAUGUUAUUGAUCCUGAGGUUUCUGCGCUUUCAACUCUUACCAAUGUUCAAAAUUCACUCUUCGUACCUAAUCUCGGUGGUUGGAUCAAUCGUAUGCCGACCUACACUAUUACGCGGGCACCCCCCUCCGAUGAAGAACAAGGCACCACAACAGAUGAGGGCGAGGGAUCGGACGAUUCCAAGGCAGAAAGACCGACUUUGGAACAGUUGCGUCCCUUCUCGAGCAUGUCAUCGGUAUUGGCGGGGCCACGUUACGCUGUCUUGCCGGAGGGACACGAAUUGGAAGGAUGGACCAAGGAAGAUUUUGCUGAAUUGAAUGAUCAUGUUCGACAUAUGCUUCAUUCCCGUCGGUCAAAGUUCAAACGGGCCAUGAAGGGAUUCGGGCAGUAUGUUCGAAAACCUCUUGGCUUCCUCGUGACGCUUUAUGCAACCUUAAUCACUCUAUUCGGUCUCGCCUGGGUACUUUUCUUGAUCGGUUGGAUUAAUGUUAAGGGUCGGCAGAGUUAUCUCAUCAACAUUAUCGACAACGUUCUUGUGGGUCUAUUCGCUAUUAUGGGUGAUGGCCUUGCUCCCUUCCGAGCCGUCGACACAUACCACAUGGUUUUCAUCGCUCACUAUACCCACAAGACGUGGAAGAUCCGUGAUAAGAAGGGUCUCCCGGGUCUCAAGGACAAGAAUGAUCUUCCAGCUCGGCCCGAGAAGGAUGUCGAUAUCGAGCUUGGCGACUCACCCAAGGAGGAAGAAAAGGAGUUCACAGUCCUUGACCCUGCACAGCAGCUCAAAUUGAUGCAUCAUCAGACCAAGUUUGCCAAGUCUCACACUUUCUAUAAACCCCAUGAAACAAUGACUCACCACGCCUUCCCGAUGCGCAUGCUUGUCGCUAUCGUGGUUAUUCUCGACUGCCACUCUUUGCUCCAGAUGGCGCUUGGAGCCUGCACCUGGAGUAUGGAGCCCCCAAAACACCGUCCAUUCGCCCUUACUACCGUCAUCCUGUGUUGUUCAAUCACCUGUAACAUUACCGGUGGUGUGCUCAUCAUGAUCGGAGAUCGGAUGACGCGCAAGAAAGAUAUUGUGGAGCGUCUCUUCCGACAACAGCUGACGGAAGAAGCCAUGAGGAAGAUGGAGAAACGAAAAAUCAAGGAAGAACGUCGCAGCAUGCAAGCCGAACGCCCUCGGCCUUUCAAUGGCACCUGA